CAGACGCGAUCAGUACGUUUUGGGUUGUGUUUCGCGACGGUUGGUGAUCUUAAAAAGUGCUCCGAACACGAACAGUAUAGUUAUAUAGUACAGUGCCUGGCCCGUAUAGUUGUCUCUCGCCUCGCCCUCGACCUCCCUCUCCGGUUUUCUGUCUUUUUUGGCAUCUAAGCAGUGUAUCUGUAUCUGUAUCUCAUACUGCUACCCACCGCCUGCAUCCAAGACUCUCUCACCCUCCAAUCCCGACGAGCUUUCAGCUCGGCACCGUUGAGUUAUUGUUGUUUUUGGUGCUUCAACUUGAACUAUGGGUCGCGUGUUCGUGUGCGUUUUAUAAAUAUUGUAGUAUAUAUAUUUUAAAAAUAAGUAUUUCGACAUUCCGCGGUGGAAAUUAUGUGACACAUCAGUCCAAAAAUCCCAACAACCACGUCCCAUUCACACCGCCCAAGUAUAUAUGUAUAAUAUUAUAUUAGUGAGAAGCAAUCGAGUGAGUGCCGAAAAUCAACGAACCGAGCAAUUAUUGUGAUUAAUAGCAACGAAAAACAACGAAAAACGACCUCAAAUCCGCUGCCAAAGGCCAUUGAAAAGCCAUUAUCCAUCCAGGUGCAUUAUUCACGGCUCUCCGUUAGUGAUUACCUCAUCUGUGUCAGAGCUCAGCUAGCAAAAUGGUAUCAAAAAGCAAUAAAAAGAAACAAGUGUCUCAGCAGCAGCAGCAGCAACAGCAACAGCAACAGCAACAGCAACAGCAACAGCAAUCGCAACCAGCAACAUCUACCACAACAACAUCGUCGUCGGCCUCGGCCACUAAGCUGACAAAACAACUGGGACCCGAUGCGUUCGCCACUUUGGCAACCAACCAGAGCUCCACCACCAUGGAGCACGAAUCGGUAUCCUAUGGUGAGCCAGUGGCCGGUACAUCGACUGACACUAUGCCGGCCGCCGGUGUCCGAAGCUAUAGCAGCCGGAGCAGGAGCAAGGCUUCCCAGUCCCAGUCUUCGUCCUCCUACGUUGAGCAAUCUCAGGUGCAGCACAGUAGCAGCAGCAGCAGCAGCAAGCAGAUCUCGAGGGACUAUGCCAACGAGAAGAUCAUUUCAUCGAUCGAUCUGCUCGAAAGCGAAAAGAAAGAUCCAGUAUUCUCGGUGCCGAUCGAGGUGGUGGAGAUCACAACACCCACGCUAUCCGUCUCCGCCAGCGGGGGCAGUGUCUCGAAAAUGUACACGUCCUCGUCGAUGUCUUCCAGCCAGAAGCUCCAGCAGCAGUUUGAAUCCACAACCAGUUCCAGUCUACGGAGCGCCAACGAAACGCUCAUUGCCAGCGAGAGAGCAGCAACCGACACGGCUACCGGUAUGACAUCAUCCGGCCAGAGGAAACAGGUUGGCUUCGAUUCAGACACCAAGACAAUGACAAACACCACCAGCAGCAGCAGCACCACCACAAACAUCAACAUCAGCAACCUAAAGAGCAGCACUUCGAGCAGCACCACCAACGGCGGAGUUAUUAAUUUGAGCGAAUCUCAGAGCGUGCCAAAGCUGCCACUGCCAAGCGGUGGAACAGCUGAUGGUCCCAUCAACGCAUCGGUGACGUCGUCGACAGUGGCAGGCGGCGCCUACCCCGAACCGGUUGCCGCGACGUCUGGCGCGACCACAACAAAGGCGACGUCAUCGUCCACGCGCCGCAACGAUAAACUGGAAGUGGAGGGUCGGACGAGCUUGGACCGACGCACCGAUAGUCUCAGCACAGCUGUUGACACAGCUACGUCAUCGUCCAAGUCCAGCAAAGAGGUCAGCGAGAGCACAGUCCUGAAGAGCUCGACCAGCAGCAAACAAUCAAAGUCCACGUCCAAGAAGGAGGUGUACGACGUGAAGACCAAAACCUGGACGGAGUACAGCGAUGGCAGUUCUCAGGGACCGAACAAAAGUCGUCCUGCCUUCGAGCGUUAUGUCAGCAAGGACACGGACGGUAGCUGUAAAGUAACUUACAAGAAAAAGAUAUACGACAGACGCAACAAUCGGUGGCGCGUUGUGGAUGAGAGGACGGUGGAUAGUACCGCUGACCCGGGCUAUCCUGAAAUAGUGGAUGAUGUCAUUAAUACAACAACUACCACCUACACCACCAAGGUGUACGACACGAAGCUUGGCAGGUGGACGGUCGUCGACGAGAAGUCGUUCACUGAUACGAAAGCUUUUGUGCCUAAUGACAUUGCUCGUGAAAUUGAGAAAGAUAAUACCGAUGUUGCAAACAUAACGACUACCACAGAGGUAACAAAGAUUUUCGAUGCAAGCAUCAACGACUGGCGCGUCCUAGACGAAAAGGUUCACACGGAUGUUAUUGAGAAGAUCGUAGAGGCUCCCAAGAAGACCAUAUACGUGGACGAGUUUGUGGAGAUUGAGAAGAACACAUCGAUUUCGGAAAACAAUGAGAACAUCACCCUGAACCUUAACGAAACAUCGAAACACAAAAAUAUUACCGAAAAUAUUUAUGAUGAAAUCGAUUAUGUGCGGACUGAUAAGCAACGCCUAGGCGACUCAAGAACCCGUGGAGUCGCAAAGAACAAAGUUUCGACUCACAGCGAAAGAUGCAUUUGUGAAAUUUGCACAUGCGGACGACAUCAUUGCUCAUCUAGCACAACCAAAUCUACGGAAAAAACGAUUAUUGAAACUGACGAUACCGUCGACGAAGCAUACACGAGGGUACGCACGAAUACCUGGUCAAAAAAUGAAAACAUUCCCAAGCCAAACGAAGACAUUCUAGUGGAUUAUAUAGUCAUAAAGAAACCAGAAGACAAUUUAAAGCCAGAAGGAGAAUUUACAGUACCUCAAAAGGAGCCAUAUAGACCGGGAGAGAAGCGCGAGAAAAUUGUACAUACAGACAACCUUCGUACUGAGGGAGAAAUGACUUUUGUCGAAAAAGAGGAAUACCAAUACGCUGUCCGUCCUGGAUAUGUUAAGCCCACGGAUAACCUUAAGCCCGAAGGAGAAUUCUUUAGUCCCAAAAAGCCUGAAUAUGUUCCGGGAGAACGGCCAUCACAAGUUCGCCAUCCAGACAAUCUUCGACCAGAGGGCGAGUUUUAUUCCCCCGAAAAGCCUGGUUAUACGCCAGCCGAUCGGCCAAUCCAAAAGCGGCCUGUCGACAAUCUUAAACCGGAAGGAGACUUCGAAAGUCCCGAAAAACCUACGUACACGCCAGCCGAGAGACCUGUGAAAAUCAUCCGCAGUGACAACUUGCGUACUGAAGGGGAAAUGACAUUUGUGGAGCGAGAGGAGUACCAAUACGUCACACGACCCGGACAAGUAAAACCAACAGAUAACCUAAAGCCCGAAGGAGAAUUCUACAGCCCCGAAAAACCGAAAUAUAAGCCAGGGGAGCGACCAACUCAAGUCAGGCACGAAGACAACCUCCGCCCAGAGGGAGAGUUCUACACUCCAGAAAAGCCAGGAUUCAGACCAUCUGAAAGACCAACUCAAAAAAGGCCUCAAGACAACUUAAAGCCUGAGGGAGAUUUCUACAACCCAGAGAAACCACAAUACCAGGCAGGCGAACGACCUUCUCAAGUCAGGCCAGAAGACAAUCUUCGACCAGAAGGAGAAUUCUACACACCGGACAAGCCCGGCUUCCGACCAGCGGAGAGACCUGUUCAAAAGAAGCCUGAAGAUAACCUGAAGCCAGAAGGAGACUUUUACAGUCCAGAGAAACCGAAGUAUCGUCCUGGCGAACGGCCUUCUCAAGUACGACCGGAAGACAAUCUUCGACCGGAGGGCGAAUUCUACACACCUGAGAAACCAGGUUUCCGACCAGCGGAGAGACCCGUCCAAAAGAAGCCUGAAGACAACCUGAAGCCUGAAGGAGACUUUUACAGUCCGGAGAAACCAGGAUAUAAGCCUGGGGAAAGGCCUUCUCAAGUACGACCAGAAGACAAUCUUCGACCCGAGGGUGAAUUCUACACACCGGAGAAACCAGGUUUCCGGCCAGCGGAGAGACCUGUUCAAAAGAAGCCUGAAGAUAACCUGAAGCCAGAAGGAGACUUUUACAGUCCAGAGAAACCGAAGUAUCGUCCUGGCGAACGGCCUUCUCAAGUACGACCGGAAGACAAUCUUCGACCGGAGGGCGAAUUCUACACACCUGAGAAACCAGGUUUCCGACCAGCGGAGAGACCCGUCCAAAAGAAGCCUGAAGACAACCUGAAGCCUGAAGGAGACUUUUACAGUCCGGAGAAACCAGGAUAUAAGCCUGGGGAAAGGCCUUCUCAAGUACGACCAGAAGACAAUCUUCGACCGGAGGGUGAAUUCUACACACCGGAGAAACCCGGUUUCCGACCAGCGGAGAGACCUGUUCAAAAGAAGCCUGAAGAUAAUCUGAAGCCGGAGGGAGACUUCUACAGUCCAGAGAAACCGAAGUAUCGUCCUGGAGAAAGGCCUUCUCAAGUACGUCCAGAAGACAACCUCCGACCUGAAGGAGAAUUCUACACACCUGAGAAACCAGGAUUCCGACCAGCGGAGAGACCUGUUCAAAAGAAGCCCGAAGAUAACUUGAAGCCAGAGGGAGAGUUUGUGAAGCCUGAGAAACAGGUGUACAAGCCAGCGGAGAAGACGGAGAAGAUUAUUCGCAAGGACAAUCUCCGAACAGAAGGAGAAAUGACUUUUGUCGAGAGGGAAGAGUAUCAGUAUGUUGUGCGCCCUGAACAAGUUAAGCCCACUGACAAUCUGAAACCCGAAGGAGACUUCUACAGUCCAGAGAAACCGAAGUAUCGUCCUGGAGAAAGGCCUUCCCAAGUACGACCAGAAGACAACCUCCGACCUGAAGGAGAAUUCUACACACCUGAGAAACCAGGUUUCCGACCAGCGGAGAGACCAGUGCAAAAGAAGCCUGAAGAUAACUUGAAGCCGGAGGGAGAGUUUGUGAAGCCUGAGAAACAGGUGUACAAGCCAGCGGAGAAGACGGAGAAGAUUAUUCGCAAGGACAAUCUAAGAACAGAAGGAGAAAUGACUUUUGUCGAGAGGGAAGAGUAUCAGUAUGUUGUGCGCCCUGAACAAGUUAAGCCCACUGACAAUCUGAAACCCGAAGGAGACUUCUACAGUCCAGAGAAACCGAAGUAUCGUCCUGGAGAAAGGCCUUCUCAAGUACGACCAGAAGACAACCUCCGACCUGAAGGCGAAUUCUACACACCUGAGAAACCAGGCUUCCGACCAGCGGAGAGACCUGUUCAAAAGAAGCCUGAAGAUAAUCUGAAGCCGGAGGGAGACUUCUACAGUCCAGAGAAACCGAAGUAUCGUCCUGGAGAAAGGCCUUCUCAAGUACGACCAGAAGACAACCUCCGACCUGAAGGAGAAUUCUACACACCUGAGAAACCAGGUUUCCGACCAGCGGAGAGACCAGUGCAGAAGAAGCCUGAAGAUAACUUGAAGCCGGAGGGAGAGUUUGUGAAGCCUGAGAAACAGGUGUACAAGCCAGCGGAGAAGACGGAGAAGAUUAUUCGCAAGGACAAUCUAAGAACAGAAGGAGAAAUGACUUUUGUCGAGAGGGAAGAGUAUCAGUAUGUUGUGCGCCCUGAACAAGUUAAGCCCACUGACAAUCUGAAACCCGAAGGAGACUUCUACAGUCCAGAGAAACCGAAGUAUCGUCCUGGAGAAAGGCCUUCUCAAGUACGACCAGAAGACAACCUCCGACCUGAAGGCGAAUUCUACACACCUGAGAAACCAGGCUUCCGACCAGCGGAGAGACCUGUUCAAAAGAAGCCUGAAGAUAACUUGAAGCCGGAGGGAGAAUUCUAUAGUCCAGAGAAACCGAAGUACCGUCCUGGAGAAAGGCCUUCUCAAGUACGUCCAGAAGACAACCUCCGACCCGAAGGAGAAUUCUACACACCUGAGAAACCAGGUUUCCGGCCAGCGGAGAGACCUGUUCAAAAGAAGCCUGAAGAUAAUCUGAAGCCGGAGGGAGACUUCUACAGUCCAGAGAAACCGAAGUAUCGUCCUGGAGAAAGGCCUUCUCAAGUACGACCAGAAGACAACCUCCGACCCGAAGGAGAAUUCUACACACCUGAGAAACCAGGUUUCCGGCCAGCGGAGAGACCUGUUCAAAAGAAGCCUGAAGAUAAUCUGAAGCCGGAGGGAGACUUCUACAGUCCAGAGAAACCGAAGUAUCGUCCUGGAGAAAGGCCUUCUCAAGUACGACCAGAAGACAACCUCCGACCCGAAGGAGAAUUCUACACACCUGAGAAACCAGGUUUCCGGCCAGCGGAGAGACCUGUUCAAAAGAAGCCUGAAGAUAAUCUGAAGCCGGAGGGAGACUUCUACAAAUUCUACACACCUGAGAAACCAGGUUUCCGACCAGCGGAGAGACCAGUGCAGAAGAAGCCUGAAGAUAACUUGAAGCCGGAGGGAGAGUUUGUGAAGCCUGAGAAACAGGUGUACAAGCCAGCGGAGAAGACGGAGAAGAUUAUUCGCAAGGACAAUCUAAGAACAGAAGGAGAAAUGACUUUUGUCGAGAGGGAAGAGUAUCAGUAUGUUGUGCGCCCUGAACAAGUUAAGCCCACUGACAAUCUGAAACCCGAAGGAGACUUCUACAGUCCAGAGAAACCGAAGUAUCGUCCUGGAGAAAGGCCUUCUCAAGUACGACCAGAAGACAACCUCCGACCCGAAGGAGAAUUCUACACACCUGAGAAACCAGGUUUCCGGCCAGCGGAGAGACCUGUUCAAAAGAAGCCUGAAGAUAAUCUGAAGCCGGAGGGAGACUUCUACAGUCCAGAGAAACCGAAGUAUCGUCCUGGAGAAAGGCCUUCUCAAGUACGUCCAGAAGACAACCUCCGACCCGAAGGAGAAUUCUACACACCUGAGAAACCAGGUUUCCGGCCAGCGGAGAGACCUGUUCAAAAGAAGCCUGAAGAUAAUCUGAAGCCGGAGGGAGACUUCUACAGUCCAGAGAAACCGAAGUAUCGUCCUGGAGAAAGGCCUUCUCAAGUACGUCCAGAAGACAACCUCCGACCCGAAGGAGAAUUCUACACACCUGAGAAACCAGGUUUCCGGCCAGCGGAGAGACCUGUUCAAAAGAAGCCUGAAGAUAACCUGAAGCCAGAAGGAGACUUUUACAGUCCAGAGAAACCGAAGUAUCGUCCUGGCGAACGGCCUUCUCAAGUACGACCGGAAGACAAUCUUCGACCGGAGGGCGAAUUCUACACACCUGAGAAACCAGGUUUCCGACCAGCGGAGAGACCCGUCCAAAAGAAGCCUGAAGACAACCUGAAGCCUGAAGGAGACUUUUACAGUCCGGAGAAACCAGGAUAUAAGCCUGGGGAAAGGCCUUCUCAAGUACGACCAGAAGACAAUCUUCGACCGGAGGGUGAAUUCUACACACCGGAGAAACCCGGUUUCCGACCAGCGGAGAGACCUGUUCAAAAGAAGCCUGAAGAUAAUCUGAAGCCGGAGGGAGACUUCUACAGUCCAGAGAAACCGAAGUAUCGUCCUGGAGAAAGGCCUUCUCAAGUACGUCCAGAAGACAACCUCCGACCUGAAGGAGAAUUCUACACACCUGAGAAACCAGGAUUCCGACCAGCGGAGAGACCUGUUCAAAAGAAGCCUGAAGAUAACUUGAAGCCAGAGGGAGAGUUUGUGAAGCCUGAGAAACAGGUGUACAAGCCAGCGGAGAAGACGGAGAAGAUUAUUCGCAAGGACAAUCUCCGAACAGAAGGAGAAAUGACUUUUGUCGAGAGGGAAGAGUAUCAGUAUGUUGUGCGCCCUGAACAAGUUAAGCCCACUGACAAUCUGAAACCCGAAGGAGACUUCUACAGUCCAGAGAAACCGAAGUAUCGUCCUGGAGAAAGGCCUUCCCAAGUACGACCAGAAGACAACCUCCGACCUGAAGGAGAAUUCUACACACCUGAGAAACCAGGUUUCCGACCAGCGGAGAGACCAGUGCAGAAGAAGCCUGAAGAUAACUUGAAGCCGGAGGGAGAGUUUGUGAAGCCUGAGAAACAGGUGUACAAGCCAGCGGAGAAGACGGAGAAGAUUAUUCGCAAGGACAAUCUAAGAACAGAAGGAGAAAUGACUUUUGUCGAGAGGGAAGAGUAUCAGUAUGUUGUGCGCCCUGAACAAGUUAAGCCCACUGACAAUCUGAAACCCGAAGGAGACUUCUACAGUCCAGAGAAACCGAAGUAUCGUCCUGGAGAAAGGCCUUCUCAAGUACGUCCAGAAGACAACCUCCGACCUGAAGGAGAAUUCUACACACCUGAGAAACCAGGUUUCCGGCCAGCGGAGAGACCUGUUCAAAAGAAGCCUGAAGAUAAUCUGAAGCCGGAGGGAGACUUCUACAGUCCAGAGAAACCGAAGUAUCGUCCUGGAGAAAGGCCUUCUCAAGUACGACCAGAAGACAACCUCCGACCUGAAGGCGAAUUCUACACACCUGAGAAACCGGGCUUCCGACCAGCGGAGAGACCUGUUCAAAAGAAGCCUGAAGAUAAUCUGAAGCCGGAGGGAGACUUCUACAGUCCAGAGAAACCGAAGUAUCGUCCUGGAGAAAGGCCUUCUCAAGUACGUCCAGAAGACAACCUCCGACCCGAAGGAGAAUUCUACACACCUGAGAAACCAGGUUUCCGGCCAGCGGAGAGACCUGUUCAAAAGAAGCCUGAAGAUAAUCUGAAGCCGGAGGGAGACUUCUACAGUCCAGAGAAACCGAAGUACCGUCCUGGAGAAAGGCCUUCUCAAGUACGACCAGAAGACAACCUCCGACCUGAAGGAGAAUUCUACACACCUGAGAAACCAGGUUUCCGACCAGCGGAGAGACCAGUGCAGAAGAAGCCUGAAGAUAACUUGAAGCCGGAGGGAGAGUUUGUGAAGCCUGAGAAACAGGUGUACAAGCCAGCGGAGAAGACGGAGAAGAUUAUUCGCAAGGACAAUCUAAGAACAGAAGGAGAAAUGACUUUUGUCGAGAGGGAAGAGUAUCAGUAUGUUGUGCGCCCUGAACAAGUUAAGCCCACUGACAAUCUGAAACCCGAAGGAGACUUCUACAGUCCAGAGAAACCGAAGUAUCGUCCUGGAGAAAGGCCUUCUCAAGUACGUCCAGAAGACAACCUCCGACCUGAAGGAGAAUUCUACACACCUGAGAAACCGAGCUUCCGGCCAGCGGAGAGACCUGUUCAAAAGAAGCCUGAAGAUAAUCUGAAGCCGGAGGGAGACUUCUACAGUCCAGAGAAACCGAAGUAUCGUCCUGGAGAAAGGCCUUCUCAAGUACGACCAGAAGACAACCUUCGACCUGAAGGCGAAUUCUACACACCUGAGAAACCAGGUUUCCGACCAGCGGAGAGACCUGUUCAAAAGAAGCCUGAAGACAACCUGAAGCCUGAAGGAGACUUUUACAGCCCGGAGAAACCAGGAUACAAGCCUGGGGAAAGGCCUUCUCAAGUACGACCAGAAGACAAUCUUCGACCGGAAGGAGAAUUCUACACACCUGAGAAACCAGGUUUCCGACCAGCGGAGAGACCAGUUCAAAAGAAGCCUGAAGAUAACUUGAAGCCGGAGGGAGACUUCUACAGUCCAGAGAAACCGAAGUAUCGUCCUGGAGAAAGGCCUUCUCAAGUACGUCCAGAAGACAACCUCCGACCUGAAGGAGAAUUCUACACACCUGAGAAACCAGGUUUCCGGCCAGCGGAGAGACCUGUUCAAAAGAAGCCUGAAGAUAACUUGAAGCCGGAGGGAGAGUUUGUGAAGCCUGAGAAACAGGUGUACAAGCCAGCGGAGAAGACGGAGAAGAUUAUUCGCAAGGACAAUCUAAGAACAGAAGGAGAAAUGACUUUUGUCGAGAGGGAAGAGUAUCAGUAUGUUGUGCGCCCUGAACAAGUUAAGCCCACUGACAAUCUGAAACCCGAAGGAGACUUCUACAGUCCAGAGAAACCGAAGUAUCGUCCUGGAGAAAGGCCUUCUCAAGUACGGCCAGAAGACAAUCUUCGACCGGAGGGUGAAUUCUACACACCUGAGAAACCAGGUUUCCGACCAGCGGAGAGACCUGUCCAAAAGAAGCCUGAAGAUAACUUGAAGCCGGAGGGAGACUUCUACAGUCCAGAGAAACCGAAGUACAAGCCUGGCGAAAGGCCUUCUCAAGUACGUCCAGAAGACAACCUCCGACCCGAAGGCGAAUUCUACACACCGGAGAAACCAGGUUUCAGACCAGCGGAAAGACCUGUUCAAAAGAAGCCUGAGGAUAACUUGAAGCCGGAGGGAGAGUUUGUGAAGCCUGAGAAACAGGUGUAUAAGCCCGCGGAAAAGAUAGAGAAAAUCAUCCGAAAGGAUAACUUGCGUACCGAAGGCGAUAUGACAUUUGUGGAAAAGAAAGAAUAUCAGUAUGUUGUUAGACCGGAACAAGUUAAGCCUUCGGAUAACUUGAGACCAGAGGGAGAGUUCUUCAGUCCGGAAAAGCCGAAGUACAAGCCUGGAGAACGUGUCACAGUUAUCAAACAGAAAGACAAUCUGAAAGUGGAGGGAGAAUUUUUCGUUCGAGAAAAACAGGAAUUCUCGCCUGUCGAACGGCCUAAGCAAAAGAAACCCCAUGAUAACUUAAAGCCGGAGGGUGAGAUGGUACUUCCAGAAAAGGUGAAAUAUAAGCCGGCUGAUAAGGUCACCAAAGUUAUUCAUAAAGAUAAUCUUCGCACUGAGGGAGAAAUGACCUUUACUGAAAAGACGGAAUACCAACAUGUCGUUAGACCUUCUCCUGUUAAGCCCGAAGAUAAUCUCAAAACUACUGGCAAAUUUUAUGUUCCUGAAAAGACGAGCGUUACGAAUGGGGAACGUCCCGAACCAGUUAGACCUAAAGACAACCUUAAACCUGAAGGUGUUAUGUACACUCCUGAUAAACCGAAAUAUGAACCUGCAUCCCGACCAGAACAGAAGAAAUACGUCGAUAAUUUAAAACCGGAGGGUAAGAUGCAUAUUCCGGAAAAAGAAGCUUUCAAGCCGGCGGACAGAGUCAAGACGGUUAUAAGAAAGGAUAAUUUAAAGACCGAAGGUGAAAUGACGUUCACUCAAAAGGAGGAAUAUCAUCAUGUUAAGCGACCAGAUCAAGUUAAGCCCACCGACAAUCUUAAGGUCGAAGGUGAAUUCUAUACACCCAAUAAGACUACCUUUAGGCCUGCCGAGCGGCCCGUUCAGAAGAAGCCCAAGGAUAACUUGAAACCAGAAGGAGAGUUCUACAAGAGAACUGAUCGUAGUGAGACAGAUAGUACAACUCUGGAGACAAUAAAGAGAGAAACUCCCAAACGUCCGGUUGAUAACCUAAAGAUGGAGGGCUCCAUGACAGUGACCAGGAAGGAUGACUAUAAGGCUACCACUAACAAAUCAACUGUUGAAAGGACGCAGCGCACUCAGAAAUAUAAGCACAAUAGUUCUUCGAUUACUUUGGGUAGUGAUACUGCAAUCCUCAAGACCACCAAUCAGAUGAAUUACGUAUCUGGGAAAGAUGCCGUUAAGCAAGUCGACUCGAACAGUCAGAAUCCUGUGGAUGGCUUGAUUGUGGUGUCCACGAAAAAGGUAACAACUGUGAUCGGAGGGCGUCAUAAGAAGGAACCCGAAACCGAAUAUGUCAAGAGGCCAGCGAAGAUCAACGUCAUUGAGAAUGUGGCGAAAAAUACAACAACCACAAACAUUGAGAAUACCCAAAAUAUCCACAAAGAAACAACUUCUAUGCAAAGAAAUCACAAUCUUGUCCAGAAUUCAUCGUUGACAACGGAUACAUCCAAGAUUGCAAUCGAGAGUGAUCGUGGUCAGGUGACGAACAGAACUGGAGGGGAAACCACCACACGAGUGGUGUCCGGAGGUUCAUCAUCCAAUAUUGUAACCGGUGAUUCAUCCUCGACACGAGUGGUGUCCGGUCGGACUGUAACGCGCAAUACCACAGAGGAUACUACUUCAAGAAUCGUAUCCGGAAGAAACGUUUCAAGCAACAUAACUGGCAAUACCACAGAAGACACUACUUCAAGAAUCGUAUCCGGAAGAAACGUUUCAAGCAACAUAACUGGCAAUACCACAGAGGACACUUCUUCAAGAAUCGUAUCCGGAAGAAACGUCUCAAGCAACAUAACUGGCGACUCAACGACGCGUGUAGUUUCUGGAAGAAAUGCCUCUAACAAUAUAAUUUCAGACUCUGGAAGUAAGACAACCAAUAACAACAUCAUCUCCGGUGGCGCGACAUCCCAUACGUCCACUUCGAAGCACUUCCAUCACAGAAAGAGCGAGUUCUCCUCCGAAGCGGAUGUGUCCAACACAAUAUUCCAUCGCAAGAGCGUGACCAAUGAUUCGAAUACGGCUAAUGGUAGCCUGACCUCCAAUGGAAAGAUGCAGCGCAAGAGUAUUCUGAAUCUGAACGAGCAACCCUCCAGCAGUGCUACCUAUGGCGGCGAAAGGCAAAGCUAUAGCAGUAUCCACCGGCAGAAUCGGGAAUCAGAUUUGAACAACACCUUCUCCAGCGAGCGCCGCAGCUGCAGUGUCCACAAGGAGAAUCGGGAGCAUAACGUGAAAAACUCCUCCUCCAUGUCUCGAAUUAUUUCUGGUGGAGGCACUGGCGCCGACUCCCGAUCGAAUUUGGAACGGACAACAGUGACACGCACCCAUGUAACCGGUGGCGGGGGCAUCGAUUUUCCAUCUCAAUCUCACACCCAUGGCAGCAGCCAUGUGACCACACGUCAUCGUGGCGGCCAGCAUGUGUCCAGCUCCAGUGGCGGCAUCGAUUUCCCCUCCUACAGUGCCCACAGUCACACCGAACGUGUGGUCACCCGCCGCGGCAAUCAGUCCUCAAUUAGUUUGGGCAACGACAAGUUUACCGGCUCCAGUAUGUACAAGAGCGAAUAUAUAACUGCCCCGACAUCGACAUGUGCUGUGCAUAAGAUUAAGCAAGGUGCAUUCCAACAUACAAGGAGUACUCAAGAACACAAGUUCUUCAAAACCUCAAACUAAUCCGAAAAUCAGAUAAAUCCCAACUACGAGUAUAAACAUAUCUUUUGCCUCACUAAUAUCCAUAUCCCAUAAUAAUAAUAAUAUAGUGCCUAAGCUUCCAUGACAAUAUAUGUGUUUUUAUACAAUAUACAAACCAUAAAUAUUAACAAUAAACAUAAUUUUUUCAAAGCAA